ACACAUGACAUCCGAUACGUGGCCGCCCUCGGACUCGGACACGUCCUGGUCGCCCCUUUCGCGCGACAGCCCGCCGCUCUCGCCCUCCCCGCUCCCCUCGCUAGCGCUGGACGACAUGGAGCCGUCCGCGCUUCCGUCGUCGCAGUCCGGCGCACUGUCGCUGCCCAGCAUCGACGCGCAAGUCCACGCAUGGCGCAUGCCGCCCGUCGAGCUGCGGCGGCGGGAGACGGUGCGGGCGAAAGCGUCGCCCGCGCCCCCGCCGCCACCAGUAACUGACGCGGCGCAGCAAACAGAGCACGAGCCCACGCCUGCUGCCCCGCCGACGCCGUGGGACGUCGUGCAGCGCACGCGCGAAACUACGCGCGCGCUAGGCUCGGUGCCCGGCACGCUGUUCGCGCUGCUCGUGCUCCCGCACCUCGUGGCGUUCGCGCUGCUCUGCGCGGCGGGCGGCGCGGCGCGGCGGGCCGUGGGCGCGGCGUGGCCCGCCUCCCCCCGCCCGCUCUUACUCGCCGCGCUCGUGCUCGUACUCCUGCUCACCGCGGUGUACUUUGCCCACGCGACGCUCUCGCGCAUGGCCGCGGACGCGGCGCGGCACGCCCGCCUCAUGGGCGAGAUACGGCGCGAGCUCGCCGUCCUCCGCGCGCAGAUUCGCGAGGCGAACCGCGAAUGCGCGGGCGCCGCGCGCUUCGUGGGCAAGACGGUGCGGGAGCAGUGUCGGAUGGCGGCGGAGCGGGGCGGGGGGUGAACGAAGCGACGACGAGCCACGAUAGCCGGACGAUAGCGACGGGGAAAGAAGAACGGACUAUGUAUUCUAU